AUGCCGCACUCCCCUGCAACAUUUGAUUCGGUAAAUGUCAAAUGUCUGAUUGAGUUGAAAAGCAAAAAUUGCAAACAGUGUAGGAGUGACCCUCCGCUCCCAUGUGCUAGGGAGGUUCACACACACACACACACACACACACACCCGCCCCUGCCCGCGCACGCGCAUUCUGACCAAACUGCCGUGGUGGCCAGCUACGUCAGGACGUACGGAGAACAAGGACGUGCCAUAGGUGACACGGACAAGAUCGUCCCAAAGAAUACUUAUGGCAUGACCAAGGCGGUGUGCGAACUAUUGGUGAACGACUAUACCAGGAAAGGCUUCAUAGACGGUCGCACGGCAAGGCUCCCCACCGUCAUCGUGCGACCUGGCCGGCCCAAUGCCGCAACGACCAGUUGCUUCUCAGGAGUCGUGAGAGAGCCGCUCCAUGGUGAAGAUGCUGUGCUUCCUGUGGCAAGGAUGCUGCCCCACUCUGUGACAAGCACACGAGCAUUGAUCUCCAACCUCGUAAUUCUUCAUGAUGCUGAUUGGCCGAAGACGUUGACAGACCGCUCAGCAAAUCUGCCUUCCAGGCCAUGUACGCUGCAGCAGCUGAUUGAUGCGCUCUACGAAGUUGUGCCUGAGGACGAGCAUACCAAGCUGGGAAAGAUCGUCGACAAGGAGGAUGCCUUCCUCAGCCGCGUCGUGGGCAGCAUGGGCUCCAACCUCUCUUACGAGCGUGCGCGGGAGCUGCGAAUGCUUGCCGUGCCGGACUUGAAAACCGUGAUUGAGGAGUUUCUGGAGGACUUCGGUGAGCAGUCCGUCGUCUCACGCAAGAGACGGAAGAUAGAGUUCAAGCUACAGUUGGGUGCAGCAGCCAAAACGAAGUAUGGUCUGCGUUGCGCCAAGGUGCAGGCUUUGCUGUCCUUUCAACGGUACGCCGUCACUGUGGGGUCCUACGAGUACCAGCUGACUGGGUACGCGGCAGAGGGAUCGGAGUUCGGAACCUUGAGCCGCAUGUUCGUGUCACCUCUGGGUUCCAGCGUUUUCUUGCUGUUGUUUCUAGUCUGGGCUCCUCUUGUGACGUCUCAGUUGGCAGAUUUGCGCGAGGACUUGACAAAUCUCUUCUCCAGGCUGGCCAAGGCAUGUGCUUCCAUCGACGAGAAGAACUCCCAGGCGAUGGACCUGAUGUUCGUCCAGGCGACCACCGAGACGCUGGAAGACUUGACAGGCCGGCUGGAGCAGUUGGAACUGGCUCGGGAGGAGAGCGUCGGCCGCCAGAACCAGGUUCUCAAGUCCUUUGGACGGGAUUUGCAGAACCUGGCAUCGAGGCUGGAUGGCCAUGACACUCGCAGUGUCGCCAGCAAGGUCACCACCGACAAGCUGAAAUCCUCGCAGGAGGUGCUCCGCGGCGAGGUUGAGCACCGCUUUGAAACACUGGGUCAGCUCUUGGAGGACACGCGUGCUGUUGCUGAUGCAGCCAGGCUGUCGCAGCAGGCGGAGGGCGAACGCUGCGCCGAGGAGCUGGGCGAACUGCAGCACGCGGCCAAGGCACAGGCAGCGCAGCAGGAGGAGCUGCAAAGCUGGCACACGACCUUGUCGCAGCAGCUGUUGGAGCUGCGCCAGCAGAGCCUUUCUGAGCUGAAGCUCUGCAUGCAGCAUCAGCAGGAGGAGGCUCAGAGACGCGAGGAGCACGUGGAGGAGCAGCAGGCAGCAGUUGCGUCGGAGCUGCACCGAGAUAUGGAGCAGCUCAGGUCUUGGAUACAGGAAGAAGUUGCCCAGCGGGUAGACAACGCAGAGGGCGCUGUUCGGUACUUCCAGGAUCACUUCGUUCGCGCGCAGGAGCUGUCCGAGUCCACGUUCCACCGCAAGGUGACCUGGAUGGUGAGAAGCGUAACACCGCGCUUGAGACACGCCGUGAAGUCCAAGGGCGAAGUGCAAUGCUUCGUGUCCCCCGAGCUUCACUUCGCGGGCCAGCGCCUUGUUCUGGAACUUCAACUUCCAGCCGUGGAAGACUUGGAGGCCUUUCUGGCUGUCCAUGGCCCACCGCCAGCCGCACCGCUGCCCGGGGUUUGUGCCGUCCGGAUCUGGGCCCGCCCAGGCAUCCGACUCGCCUGCCUUGUCGCGCUCGGUGACAGCGCUGUCACCGGGGGCCGUGCCGCAGAGCACCUUUUCCCGGAGCCUGGAGCAGUUUCGGACGAACUCGGGCGCGUUCCGUGGCAGAUUGCGCACGUAGGCGAGUUCUUUCAAUCUUGGGAUCGGCGCACGGACUCUCUGACGGUCUCACUCGAGGUCCUUGAGAUGCGCGUGCCGCCACCCGAGAGGCCGCCGUGGCUUCCCACAAGCGUUAUCGAGGAGGCUUCGCCCUCUGCCACCGGCUUGCAUCCAGCUGACGAGCUGAGUUACACGAAUCAUCUGGCAGGGGAAGCACUGGUGCAGGACUCUGCACUCAAGCUCUGCUUCUGCGAGGGUGCCAUGCUUCCUGAGCAUCUGACAGGGCCCGUGUGGCCGUUCUGA